UGCAAAGUUUCCUCGGGCUGCCCGUGGGAUCCGUUAGCCCCUCAGCAGGCAGGCAGGCAGGCAAGAAGGCAGGCAAGCUCCUUGGUCCAUCCUGAGCCGCGAAGGAGAGCGGAAGGAACGCCUGGCUCCCCCUCUCCCCCUCCCCCUACUGGCUCCCCCCCUCCAAGUGCCAGCACUUCUCACCUCGCAGGCAAGGUGAUUGGUUGGCUAGCCUUCCCCACUCCAGCUCCUACCCCCAUCCCCACCCCCCCCAGCAACUGUUCUCCCAGGGCCGUAGCCCCGCUACCCUUCACCGGUGCAAAAGGCGAGCGGCGCAGCCAGAGAGCGGGGAAACAGGAGAGCCGAGCCCAAGCGGGUGUCCCAGGAGCUGAGUCUCAGCGCCCAGGCUGCCAGCUGCCGCUCCAGACCCGGGGUGGGUGGGGCGGUGACUGCUCUGCUCCCAACUGCUGCAGCCGCAGCAGCUAUAGCAGCAGCAGCUAUAGAGCGGCGGCGGCGGCGGCAGCAGCAGCAGCUGCUGCAACCACUCCCUAAGUGCCACCCCGAGCCCAGGCCGCCCUCCCGCUUUCCUCCCUCCCUCCCUCCCGGGCUCUCCAAAUGGCCUGGCGCCGCGCUCGGGCCGGGCUGCUGCUGAUGCCGCGGCUACUGCUGCUGCUGGUGCAGGAGAGAGCGAGCGGCAGCCACACAACCGGAGUGGUCGGAUUGCCCCCGGCUGCCUACGACUUCUUGUUCAGUGGGGCUCCCGCUGCCUUUUCCUCCGCCUCGGCCUCUUCCAGCUCUGCUGCAGCGGGCAGUGAGCGCCUAGAGGACGUAUCUGCGGCCCUGGGCGCCAGCGCCUGGGACAUGGUAGCUGUCCACAUGCUUAAGCUCUAUGAGAAAUACAACCGCGAGGGCAACCGGCCGGGAGACGGCAACACCGUCCGCAGUUUCAAACCCAAGCUGGAAAUGAUUGACCAGAAAGCCUUGUAUCAUUUCAAUUUGACAUCCAUGCAAGAUUCAGAAAUGGUUCUUUCAGCCACAUUCCACUUCUAUUCCGAUCGGAGACCUCGGUCCCGAGAAGUAAUUUGCAAGCGUUUCAAGAACUCCUCCUGCCGCCUUCUACACCUGCAACCCCUCCCUCGUUUCCACCUGAUAUUCCGCAGUGUCCCACAGAAUGCGGCUUUUGGGUUGGUCAAAGGUAAUGUGACUAUCUUCCCCCACCAACGAGGUGUUUGGCAAGCCAAGGAUAUUUCUCACAUAAUUAAGGAAGCUAAACAGGACGGGGAGCUUCUCCUCCUGGCUGAGCUCGAUUCUGGGGAGAAGGACCAAGUCUUCCAUGGCCCAGGACCAAACAACAUGCCCUACAUCCUUGUCUAUGCUAACGAUCUGGCAAUCUCUGAGCCUAACAGUGUGGCAGUGACUCUCCAGAGGUAUGACCCCUUCCCAACCAGUGACACUGACCCAAGCCGCUCGCCCAAUGCCUCCACUGACUCUCGGGUAAGGAGGGACAUUUAUGUUCCCGGUUCCAUCCAUGACAAUGAGCUUCCAGAGGUAGAAUACAGUCUCCACCAUCCCCAUCACCUCCACCAUCCUCAUCCUCAACACUAUCAUAAACACGACCUGUGGGAGAGUGCCUAUAAGGCCCUAAAACCUAAAUCACCCCGGAAAGACCGAAGGAAAAAGGGACAAGAUCAUCAUGAAAUGCUCACAAAAUCUCAGAUGCUGAAUUUUGAUGAGAAAACCAUGAAAAAGGCCCGAAGAAAACAAUGGAAUGAGCCGCGAAUUUGCUCACGGAGAUACUUGAAAGUUGACUUUGCUGACAUAGGGUGGAAUGAAUGGAUCAUAUCGCCUAAAUCAUUUGAUGCCUAUUACUGUUCUGGCUGUGAGUUCCCCAUGCCCAAGAUUGUGCGACCAUCAAACCAUGCCACAAUCCAGAGCAUUGUAAAAGCAGUGGGGAUCAUUCCAGGCAUUCCAGAGCCCUGCUGUGUUCCUGAUAAAAUGAACUCCCUCAGCGUACUGUUCUUGGAUGAGAAUAGAAACGUGGUACUAAAGGUGUAUCCCAACAUGUCAGUGGAGACUUGUGCCUGCCGAUAAGUCUCUGGGAUGGACUUCUGUUUAAAAAGAAGAAGAGAAGAGAAGAAGAGAGAAGAGAAAAGAAAAGGAAAAAGAAAAGAAAAGAA